CCAUUCAAAAGAGACAAGCCUAGACAUACUCCACGCUCCUCAGCUCGACGGAUCCUCAGCUCUGUCAGCUCUGUCAGCUGGACAACAGGCGAUGCUCCGGCGGUGCGCGCAGGACGCAUGACCGGACACGAGGACCGAGCAGCGCUUUAGAAUAACGCGAACACGAAGCGCUCAAUGUCAUUUUCUGAACUCCUGACACCAAAGGGACAGUUUAAUUUGGGUUUUGUCGCCGCUGCCUGUUCUUGAAGAUCGCUGGGACGUUAUUUACAUCUCGCCUAAUUAUGAAUCUCGAGGAUGAUUUAACGACAGCAGCGGCCACAGGGAACACGGCGGCAGUGCAGUAUCUUCUGGAGAACACCGAGGUAAAGGUGAACGGGGAGAACCGCUUCGGAAGAACCGCGCUACAGGUGAUGAUGAUGGGCAGCCUCCCCGUUGCGCAGUUACUGCUGGAGUCUGGAGCAGAUCCAAACGUGCGGGACCGCAGCACCGGGGCCACGCCGCUGCAUGACGCAGCCAGGACAGGCUUUGCGGACACUGCGCGCCUUCUGGUCCAAUACCACGCAGACCCGAAUAUCAGAGACAACCAGAACUCUCGACCCAUCGAUGUGGCCAAACUCGGAGGCCACGCCGAAGUGAUCGCUUUCCUGGACACUUUAUGAACAUUAUGUGCCGCUGGUUUGGAGCGGGGAGAGGACUGAGGCCUGCAGGGCCCCCUUCAUAAUAAUAACGCAUAGCAAUUAUUUAUUAAUAACUGUCCGUAAUAACUGCAAAGGCAGUGGAAUGCCAGAAUGAAAGGAAAAAUGUUGCACACAUAUGCUGCUGGCAUUGGCCAUUUAGAGCACUUUAUUGCAGACUGCUUUGCACCCCCACGUGAAUACCAAAGUGAAGAAAAACAUUGUAAGUAAAUGUAAUGUGUAACACAACCCAAUUCAAAUUUAAUGAUAUCCACGUUUAAAAUAUGUUCAGUUUAAAAUAAGACAUAAGAAAUGUUGCGUCUGUGCCUCAAAAAACAUUGGAUAAAAGAAACAGUUAAAACCACCAAUAAGACUACGCACACACUGCAAGCUAGAUUUGUGUUUUAUUUUUAUGGAAUAAUAAACAAACAAAACAAAACAGAAAUGGGGACCAGCGUUGGAGGUAUAAAGUGGAUUGAGAGAUCACUUGUCUUAAUACAAAAUACUGGUUAUGGUGUUUUAACUGAAACUAAAUAACUGGAAAGUAAUUGAAAAAAGUGAAUGGGUUAUCUAAGGCAAAAAUCUAACGGAGUUUGUAAGAACAGUCCUUCAGACGCCGGCAACCAAAAACUAGUGAGCACUUUUCCAGGAGAAAUUGUCCAAGUUUUUACACACUCUUAAUGUUUUGGUAACAUAACUGCAGAUUGGGCCAUUGACUGGAAAAAAAAAAAAAACAGAAGAUUUUACAACACCACAUAAACUCACCUUUCAUGUUAAUAAUUAUGUGAAAUACUUACUUUUAAGGACACCAGAGUCUGUCCCCAGUCCAUUUGGCUGAUCUGUGGGAUGGCUGUGAGGAGGAUGCUGCUGGCCUUGUUUGCAUUUUCUUUCAUUGUCUUGAGCACAUUGUCGACACAGACCUAGGAGCAAAAUGAGAACGGAGUCAGUACUUUUCAUAUAUUGGGCAAUGACUAUCAGCCUUAAAUCUAAAAAAAAAAAGUAUUGCAUGAAAAAAGCUACUUAAAUAAAACAGUAAAAAAAAAAAAGUAAGUAGUACUUUAAGAGUAAAAAAAAAAAGUGAAGAUUUUUAGGUCUUCUGAGGCUUCAAAUUCAGCAAAAAUCUGUAAAAGCCUUUUCAGCAGGUCUCAAUUAAAAAAAAAAAAAAAAAAAAAAAACACUUUUCAGUUCUAUUCAAAAUUGUAGUGGAGUAGAAAGUACAGAUAUGCUUUCAAAUAUAGUGAAGUAAAAAAUAUACUUGUAACAUAAAGCACAGAUGUAUACUUUAUUUGUUUUAACUUAAGUACAGUACUUUACUACUUUUACUUUUUAAAGAAUAUGCAUACAUUUUGAAGUAGUAGUUGUAUUUUAUUUUUAUCAGCUAUGAAUUUAAAAGAUCACAAAUUUGCAGACAUUUUACAUAAAACUAUGACUGAAGGGGCUGAUGCUGAACAGUGUUGGGAAAUAACUGAACACAUGCCCUGAGGAUACGUAUUCGGAGUACUAAUUUUGUAUUUAACUGUAUUCCGAUACAAUUACUUUUCAUUUGGUGAUAUUCACAAUAUAAUUACUUUCCUAAACUCAAAGGAACACAUGGCGGUACACACAAUUUAAUCUUCAAACUGCACAAAAUUUGUGACAAAAAUAUAAAACUCGACUCUCGUGGUGAGGGCAUGUGUGUUAUUUCCUUCUCUAAUCAGUGAUAAAUAAAUGUAGAAGACAAAAAAUAUGAAGAGUUUUAUGCACAUUUGUUGCUGCUAGUGUUGUCAUGUCUUUGUUGUAUAUGUGCACUUUUAACAUAUUCAGCUUUUGUUCCAGUUUGUUGCAUGUUAUGAUCUGUUUAGCUUUUCUACACUGCAAAAAGUAGAGUUAAAAUGACUUAAAUUAAGACCAUUUUACUUUAUUUGGGUAGAUUCAACUUGACACAUUUCUCAUCUUAAGUGUAGCCAGAUGGAUUUUCAUAUUUUAAGUACAAAAAGUCUUGUUCCAUUGGUUGAAAAUUUUACUUGUCAAGUGAAAUGUACUCAAAUCAUGAUCAAACUUUCUUAAUUAAAGCAACCUUACCAGGGCUAGAUUUUAUUUUUUGCAGCGUGAAUAUGCUCUGUUUAAUCGAAGUACUGAAAGCAAUAAACUGUGUGUAUGAAAAAUUAGCACAAAUGUAGAGGCUUCACACAAUACAAAUACAUAAUCUGUUAAUAAAUAGAAGACUGAAAACA